AAGCUAAGAUAAAUAAACUAAACAUAUUAGCAUAUUAAAUAAACAUUGACUAUUCAUUUUGACUUCCAUCAUCCAAUAUAAAACUAAGUACAAGGGAAACAACAAGGUGGAGUCAUCACAUUAAAAAAAAAGCCCAAGAUAUUCCUAGUGGUCCAUCCAUUAACACGUUUACCACCAUUCUAUCCUCCACCUCCACUUUAUAUAAAACCUCUACAAUCUUACUCCAUUUUCCCUUAGAAUUUGAAAAGAAAAAUUCAUCAAAAAUGAAAAUCGGGUAUAUUUUAAUAGCAAUUUUUGGUAUUGUAAUUCUAACAUGGGUUUGGAAAACAUUAAAUUGGGUAUGGUUUAAUCCAAAAAAGAUGGAAAAGUGUCUCAGAAAACAGGGUUUGAAAGGAAAUUCAUACAAAUUUUUGUAUGGUGAUUUAAAAGAAACCUUCAGAAUGCGUCAAGAAGCAAGAGAAAAACCUAUUCCUUUUACUCAUGAUUAUGUUGAUCGUGUUUUGCCAUUUCUUCAACAACAUAUCAAAAAAUAUGGUGAAAAUUUUUGGACAUGGCUAGGGCCCAUACCGGAUAUAAAUAUUGCAGAACCUGCGCUUAUAAGGGAUGCCUUCACUAGGAUGAAUGAGUUUCAAAAGGCAAAAUUGAACCCACUUGUUGGGUUGCUUGUUCCUGGACUGGUAGGCUAUGAGGGUGAAAAUUGGGCAAAACACAGGAAGCUGAUCAACCCGGCUUUUCAUAUGGAAAAGCUUAAGCUUAUGCUUCCAGCGUUUGGGGACAGUGUUAUUGAAAUGGUCAGCGAAUGGGAGAAGUUAGUAUCUGAAAUAGGUUCCUCUGAGGUAGAUGUGUGGCCAUUCCUUACCAGCCUAUCUGCAGAUGUUAUAUCUCGAGCUGCAUUUGGCAGUAGCUAUAAGGAAGGAAGAAGGAUAUUUGAACUUUUAAAGGAACAGACACAAAUUACUAUACGCCUUUUUCAGUCAGUUUAUAUCCCUGGAUGGAGGUAUGUGCCAACAAAGACCAACAGGAAGAUGAAACAAAUAAACUCUGAUAUACAAAAUUUAUUGAUGGGAAUAAUCAACAAGAGGAAGAAGGCAAUGGAGGCAGGUGAAGCUCCUAAGGAUGACUUAUUGGGAAUAUUGAUGGAUUCCAACUCUAAAGCGUCUCAAACUCAAAGUGUUGGAAGUCAAAAGCAACAGCAAGCUAUGAGUCUUCAGGAUAUGAUCGAUGAGUGCAAACUCUUCUACUUUGCUGGCCAAGAGACCACCUCGGUCUUGCUGGUAUGGACAAUGAUAUUGUUGAGCAAGCAUCAAGACUGGCAAACACGAGCAAGAGAAGAAGUGCAGGCAACAUUUGGAAAGAAUCAACCAGACUUUGACGGCUUAAACCAUUUAAAGAUAGUGACUAUGAUACUACAUGAGGUGCUGAGAUUGUACCCUCCUGUGACUUCAACAUCCCGUAGGAUAUAUCAAGGUGACAUGAAACUUGGAAACAUAUUGGUCCCUCGUGGUGCUAUGAUUAGUCUUUCAAUAAUCAACACGCAUCGUGAUCCCAGACUUUGGGGAGAUGAUGCGAAUGAAUUUAAACCAGAAAGGUUUUCAGAAGGGAUUGCGAAGGCAACCAAGGGGAAUAUUUCAUUCUUUCCCUUUGGCUGGGGCCCACGAAUCUGUAUCGGGCAAAACUUUGCAAUUGCAGAGGCUAAAAUGGCACUGUCCAUGAUUUUGCAGCGCUUCACUUUUGAGCUGUCACCGUCCUAUACCCAUGCUCCUUCCACCGUUAUAACUCUUCAGCCCCAACAUGGUGCUCAUGUGAUUUUACACCGGCUUGAAGGUUGUGAGUAAUUGGUACUUACAGAGUUAUUAAAGAAAUGUACAAUUAAAUUAUGGUACCUAUACAACUGUGGUAGUGAAAUAGUUGUCAUAUUACAAGCUCAAAUUAUAAUGUCUUGUAGGAAGUUGGAUCUACUACUCUAGUAUACAUGGAAUUAUGGUUGUCAUACAUAGUACAUGCAGCAUACUGCCAGUAUUUGCAGCUUGA